CGCGAGGAGCCGACUGUGUCCACUUCCCCACACUGGAGGAGCUUGGCAGACACGGGCGGCCGGCAAUUCAGCACCAGUCAAUCAGCCAGCCAGCCCGUCAUCACCAUCGUGAGUCGCAGCAGCCGCUGAACGUGGACUCGAUUUCAUUCUUCUACGCCCAUCGAAAAUUCGGAACACUAGUUCCUGUCGGCGUGGAGAAAUGGCCGGGAUCUUGGCGUGGUUCUGGAACGAGCGCUUCUGGCUCCCCCACAACGUAACAUGGGCUGACUUGAAGAACACAGACGAGGCGACGUUCCCGCAAGCCGAGGACCUUUAUCUGGCGUGCCCUUUGGCCUUCUGCAUCUUCAUGGUACGGUUGCUCUUCGAAAGGUUUAUUGCAAGGCCUUGUGGCGUGGGCCUGAAGAUACAAGCCAACGGGCCACAAAAAGCCCAACCCAACGCUAUCUUGGAGAAGGUUUUCACCGCUAUUACCAAGCACCCAGAUGAAAAGAGGCUGGAAGGAUUGUCCAAGCAGCUCGACUGGGAUGUCCGAACCAUCCAGCGCUGGUUCCGACAAAGACGCAACCAAGAGAAACCGAGCACCCUUGCCAGAUUCUGUGAAAGCAUGUGGAGAUUUACAUUUUAUCUUUACAUUUUCACCUAUGGCGUGCGUUUCCUUAAAAAGACGCCGUGGCUGUGGAACACUAAAGAAUGCUGGUAUAACUAUCCUUACCAGCCACUGACUGUGGACAUCCAUUAUUACUAUAUACUGGAGCUGUCUUUCUACCUGUCCUUGCUCUUUUCUCAAUUUACUGACAUCAGGAGGAAGGAUUUCCUGAUUAUGUUCCUUCACCAUUUGGCAACCAUCUCCCUCAUCACCUUCUCUUAUGUGAACAACAUGGCAAGAGUCGGGACUCUGGUCAUGUGCCUCCAUGAUGCGGCUGACGUCCUGAUAGAGGCCGCCAAGAUGGCCAACUAUGCCAAAUGUCAGAUAUUGUGCAACCUCCUGUUUGCAAUGUUUGCAACCCUCUUCAUAAGUUCCAGGCUGGCAGUUUACCCAGUGUGGAUUUUAAACACCACUCUGUUUGAGAGUUGGGACAUUGUUGGUCCCUACCCAUCCUGGUGGGUCUUCAACCUGCUUUUAAUCUUGCUGCAGCUUCUUCACUCCUACUGGUCCUACCUUAUAGUAAAGACGGCAUUCCAGGCCAUCUCGAAAGGAAAGAUGGGAAAAUUGAAUCCUUUACAUGUGUCAAAGGAUGAUUGCAGCGACAUCGAGUCCAGCUCGGACGAGGAUGACAGCCCUCCAGCCAAACAGAAACCCCACAACAGCGCCACUAACGGGACCAACAAAUCUCACGGGACCAACGGCUACCUGACGGGAGCCUCCUAUCCCGAUGAACAUUGAUCGAACAGCGUUGAAGCGAGCAUCCGUCCAUGUGUGCACGUGUGGAGACAACAGCAAACAUCACUUAACGCAUUCUGGGCAUUUAUUUUUUCAGUUCAACAACCUGCCUUUUCGUCUCCUCGUCGGCAUAUUCGCAUUGGCACUCUAAAUCAAUCCACUUUAUCCAUUUUUACCGCAUGCUAUGUCGAUAGGCAGUCGUCUGGCAUUCUGGCAGGUGGGGGGGGGUCCUACUUUUGCUGUCUUUUUGUGUUAUUUAUUUUUCUCGCAUUUACUUUCAAUGCUACACCCCCAAAGAUUUGCCAAAA